ACUAGCGGUAAAUAAUUGUUAGGUACGCACCCAGCAGGAGCUGUGAAAAACGAGCAAAAUGAUGUCCAUGUUAACAUUUUUGGUUUUCACCAUAUUCCUUUACAGUACAGGUAUACUUUAAUGAUUGCAAUCCAAUUUCUGAGUCUGUUGCUGAACAUUUAUGAUGCUGCUGAUUACUGAGUUAAGCCUUGAAAAUCUCUUAUUAAACAUGUUAAAAUUAUCGUCCAUUCGUUAAGAUGAUUAAAAUCGAUGGUGUUGUUUAUUUCGUAACAUGUUUUUCUUUUAGGUACGCUUAGGGAUGUCGAAGGUAUGUGCAAGUUUCCUAGUUCUACUGCUUUCAAUAUGACAUGACCGCACCCUAAAGGCGCCUAUUUCCCGUUCGUAGACGGACACUGCCACUUUCAAGACUGAGAAAAUUUUUGACCCGUUAUUGAGAGUGUUUCUAAUAAUAAAAGAAAAAAGAUCGCAACCUAGCGUAGAACACGGACCACGAAACCGGACCUUUCGUACCCUAAUCUCUCUCCCUUUUCUCUACACAACCAUAUCGACCCGCCAAUUGCGAAAAAUAUUUAGUACGUUUAGUGCAUAAACUAGCAAACUGUCUUUCUUAAGCAGGUGAUAACAUUUAACGCGUAAUUCAACUUGGGCUUCAAGUCGUUCUUUCUAAGACUAUUCAAAAACGUAUUUUUUGUCUUAUUUUAAACUUAUUGGUUUGAUCCUUCGACUCUCAAUUACAACUCAAUUGUCAAGAAAUUUCCUGUUUGCAUGAAUUCAGUUUUCAAUUUUUUGAUGAACAGAUGAACUGAUGUAGUUUCCGACAUAAAUCGAUGAAAUCGGUAUCAAUCAAGAUAAAUCGAUGAACGAAACGAGUGUGUCAUCGAUUUCUACCUAUUGUUCAAUGUAAUCGAUAUCAAUCAAAUCAGAUUCAUCGACUUUUAUCGAUUUAUCGAUUGAUAAAUCGAUACCGAUUUUUGUCCAUUGACUUCUCCGGGUAUAUUACAUCCAUUAUGACUAAAGGCUUGGUUGCUAAUGGUGGCGUUUAUGAAAGUGAAAUAGGCGACGAUGGUUCCACUGGAUAUUUAAUUUGAAACCAUCCACGUCUGAACAUGAACGACUUCGUCAUUGAAAAUCUUUCAGCAAAACGGCUAACUCGGUAGUUAUGGAAAGGAAUGGAAAAUUGUUAUAACCAAUAGUAAUGCGAUGACGUCAUUAACUUUGCUGUGUAAAAUUUGAGCGGGGGGGGGUGGGGGGAAAAGGUGUCUUAUGGGCAAUGUAAAAGUGUGCGAUGUGCGAACUAAUAGGGUUGAAGCCUGGUUGAAGCUGUCUUGUAUGGUAUACGGUGACGCUAUUUCGUUGCUGUGACAACUCGAUGGUAGCAAAAUACUGAUACAGUGAAACCUCUAUUAAGCGGACCCCAAUUAAGCGGAGACCCUCUCAGGCUAAGCGGACACUAAGCGGGUCCCGAAAUUAACGUCUUAUUAUUCCCUUUAAAACGAACCCCUUUUCAGCGGACACCUCUAUUAAGCGGACGCGGACACUAGAAGAGAUUGUAUUUGGUUACUAAACAAUAGUAGUAUUGGAUUACGUCCUUGAAAUACGUAUACUGUACUCGAUUAAUGAAGAUAAAUCAAAACAUUUAGAUGUCUAUAAACUAGAGAUUACACCGAUAUCCGGCCGUAUGAUUGUCAUCCACGAUCAAAGUUCACCUAAAGUCUUCCUUAAAGCACAGCACUUCAUGGACCUUUAUCACAGUAUAUAGUAACAGUUGAAUGUUAAUCUUUAACAAACAUUGCGCAAUUUUUACAAACCUCUAUUAGGCGGACACCCUCCAUUAAGCGGACACUUUGGAAGGUCCCGAAGGUGUCCGCUUAAUAGAAGUUUCACUGUAUCAAAUUGUCCUCUUCAUGCAGUACAUCAUCAUGGUGGUUGCGAGAACAAUUCUAUUGAUUUCACUGGUGGUGUAGGAAGGAAAGCAAUGGAUAGAAUUGUGGGGGGGGGGGGGGGGUGUUGGUGGUUGUGGUAGUUGGGGUGGUUGCGGGAUGACAAAAGGGACCUUCAAAUCCGACGACAGCAACGGCAACGAGGACGGACAGAAUCCGCCUAAAAAUAACCAAAACUAACCAGUCAAAGCGGUUAAACUAUCUAAGCCAGAACCUCACGUUAUUUUAAUUAGAUUUCUCGAAUUAAAUUCAUGACAUAGUCAAAAGUAUAUGACUUCAUCGGUGGUAAUGUACUCCAGCCCUUUUUAAUGAGAUUCCUGCUCAGAAAAAAGGCUAACUCGGUGCAUACUUUACUACUCAUGAAAUUAGUCGCGAUCGGUCCGUUGCAGUCUCGGCUCUCAGUUUAACAGUCAGAACUAAUUUUUUAAACUUAUUCGUAGCCUCAUCCAGGUGUGGUUAUCGUCCAAGGACCCGGAUUAUCAGUGGUCAGAAUGCUCUUCCCUAUUCCUGGCCCUGGAUGGUCCAGAUCAAUUACCUAGGAAGACACCAUUGUGGAGGAGCUCUGGUGAGCCCACAAUGGGUCGUUACAGCGGCACAUUGUAUUAAUCACGCAAAAAGACCACAAGAUUAUGGAGAUUUCAAGAUAACUCUUGGGGAGCACCGACGAAGUACAUGGGAAGGCUACGAGCAGGAGUUUGAGGUGGCGAAUAUCAUUGAGCAUCCAGAGUACAAUAAACCUACCAUUGUGAACAAUGACAUAGGUAAAGAAAUCUAUAAACCUUAUAUGUUACUUUGGUUGUAUUUGCCUUCCAUUUGCCUUUCUCAAGGGCCUCUUGCCUUCAGCCUUAUCGUCUCAUAAAAUCAACAUAUUCUCUAGUGAAAUAUCAGCUGCUUUGGAGUUUGAACGCGGGAAAGGAUAAUAAGACCAUUGUAGCUAGUUAAGGGCCGAUCCGCACUAGUAUAGACAAAUUUGAAAUUGUCUUUGAAACUAAAAUCUAAGCCAAAAAAUGUAUGGUGGCAAUUUUUGUUUUGAAAAAAAUUUAUCCGCUUUGUAAACUAUUUGAUUUUAACAGGCUGUCGCAUUUGUCAUUACUUAAUGGAAAGAAUAAUGGUUUACAACAAAUGAUUAAUAAGAAAAACAUAUUUUCGAUUUUGUCCAGUUUUUAUCCGGAACAGAUUUUGUCCGCGUCGCCUUUGAAGAUUGUUCGGUCGCGGACAAAAUUUGUAAAAUCGCGACAAACCAUCCUCAUUUGUUAGGCGUUAGUAAUGACAGAAGAUUUCUCUAAAUUAACAGCUUUUUUGCUAGUGUAGAUCGGCCCUUACAUACACACAACAUUAUGCCAGUAAUCUAAUCCAUCUUGAAUUUAUGCUAGCGUGCGUGAAAAUCAACCCACGCGAGAAAAGCGAGACGCGGUGGUGAGAGAGAAAAAUUUUCUCUCUUGCCAUCGCCUCUCGUUUUUCUCGCGUGGGUGCGUUUCGCUCGCUGUACAAUCCCUGAGGAAAAAAAUUUCAGAAAAAUUGCUAAUAGUCCUAGGAUCUACUUCUCCAUAUAAAACUUACCGUGCUUAUUCUUAGUUUCUGUUGUUAAGUAGAUGGUAGCCAAGGCGGAGCAUAUACUACUUUGGCCACCGGCCGGUCACACACAAUAGAGAUGAGAGUGAAAAGAACAAAUUUGCAUUAUUUUUUGUCAGCUUUAAUCCAGCUAAGCCGCCCCGCCAUUCUAAACCAGCGAGUUAGCGUGGUUUGCCUCCCGGAUCAAGGCUUCAUAAUCCCAGAUGGGAAGCAGUGUUAUGCAACCGGUAAGUGUUCUAUCCUCAUUCGAUAUUUGUGAAGUAAGAUUAUUUUUCUUCUGAAGAAAAGCGUGUUACUAAAAGCUAACUUGCCAAAGAUUUGGCUAGCUCACUGGCUAGGCCAUUUAUAUACCUGGGUUGAACUGCUGUGAUGGGAUAUGUGUAGCAAAGAAUGCACCUUCAUCACGCCAACUACACACACACUCACGUUGUUAUAUAUUUCGCUCAAGCAAUUUCAAGCGUAAGAAGUAACACUGGAAAACCUCUGCCUUUUCCGCCUUAUUUUGUAUUUUGUUUUUAACUUUGUAGGUUGGGGUUUAACGGUGCCUGGAGAUUGGAGCAGCCAAGCGGAUGUCCUCAAACAAGCCAUGCUCCUGAAAGUAAGCCAAUCCGAGUGCUUGGAGGACAAUAAAGACGCUGGCAUCCCUGUGACAAAUGAAAUGUUUUGCACAGGCCACGGUGGAUCAAGCCUCAUAAGCACCUGCAACACCGACAGCGGAGGGCCCAUCGUUUGCAGGGAUUCCAAUGGGAGAUGGUAUCUACAGGGCGUGGUUAGCUGGGGGUCUGGGGGCUGCCAUCCGGGGUAUUACUCUGUAAAUGCCCGAGUCAGCAAGUAUACAAAAUGGAUUUACAGCUACACAAGCAGUUAG